AUGAGCGUGCACAAGACGCCGAACCCGGAGAAGGGCGCGCGGUAUCUGGGUCUGCUCGAUCAGGCGCUAUGCAAUGGCAGCUGGAGUGACAUACCGGAGCUGGCGCGCAAGGUCGACAAACACGCACGGGAGAGGAAGUGUCUCACACUCGCUGCCCGCGCCGAAUCGCAAAUCGCCUCCGCUUCCCAUCGCCCAGCCUCAGCAUCUUCCGCAACCUCUACGAGCUUACACGGACUGGGAGAGGUGGUUCCUCGGUUGACGGAAGCCAUUGGGGCUGCGAGCAAAGACCACCAGGACGAUGCUUUCGUGGCUAGCUCAUGUCUGGCUGAAAUACAUUGGUUAAGAGAGGCGCCUACGGAAGCACUGAAAGUGCUGGACGAGAUAGUGGGACCGUCAACAUCCUCAAAGAGCUCGGCCGGUACACUUGGCUGGAUAGAAGUCUGCGCGGUCAGAAAUGCUUCCAUUCGGGCUGCCUGCUUUGACUCCCUAGGACGGCAGAGUGAAGCGAGGGAAUCAUACCAAGCUGCUGUGGUCAAGACACCAGGGUAUCGCACACCAGAACUGCGAAGAUGGACAUCAAAGCUCCUUGCCCGGGCGUGCAUGUAUAGCGUGAAAAAGAUGCCAUCUCCAUCUCUGCAGGAUUUCAACGAGACGUAUGCUGCCUUCAGAGCUUGGGGUGACUUCUGGCAACGUGCGGGUCCUGUGAGUGAAAAGAGUUCGACGUCGCACUUCGACAUUCCGCGCCGACAAGUCUGGAAGGCGUACUAUGAUCUGCUGUCUACUAUUCUUCAACAUGGACUCUUACAUGCGCCUAGUCAGGACGCAGGAGCCUUCAUCCUGCCUGAUCCCUCCAUAGCCGUUGAGCAGCGACAGUCAUCCAGGCAACGACAGAGGGCGGAGCUGAAACGUGUAGAGGCGACAUACGAGUCACUACUCCUCGAAGAGACAAAAUUUCCCAAAGCAAGCCAGACGAAUACGGAAGUCGAAGAAUGGACCGAACAAGUCAUCUCCAACUGGCGGGUCUUCUCUGGCUCGGCGUGGACGGAUACUGAUGUGGGAGAGGGCGGGAAAAGGGCAGUCUCACGUGGAACCCUGGACAUCCUGUACCGCGCGGCGACCAAGACUUUCCAUUCAACUCCGAUCCUGCGAGAGCUGUUCACCGUACAUGCUGCGCUAGGCGAGUUCGACCUGGCCAUGCAUGCUUUCGAUAGCUAUAUCGAGAUUGUUGACAAGGGCAAGGCACGUGCAGAGAAGACCGGCAAGCAUGAGAUCGGACUGGACAGUGAUGAUACGGCUAUGACCACUGCCUCUGAAGCUAUCCGACUUCUUUGUCGGUACGGUGACAGAGAGCAGGCCGAGAAAGCUGUGGAGAUUUCUAAAGCUAUGCAAAAGUGGCUUGAGCAACGACGGCCAGCAAGCCCUGAAGUCAGCCUUACAAAUGGUGAUUCCGCCCCGAAUGGAUCGCGACCGUGCAGUCAGCCAACCUCGUCAGUUCUUAAACCAGAGACGUUGGCCGCAGCAUACAGAGCAUUGGGUGUGAGCCGGGCACACUGGGCUCGAUUGACCUACGAAGCUGAAUCGCAGAGGCCAACGCUAGCCGAAGCGAACAACAACUUAAAACGCGCCCAGAAGUACGAUACUGACAGCGUCGAAACUGGCCACGCUCUGGCGCUGGUGUUGGCAGAUAUGCGCGACGUAUCAGGCGCUGUAGAGGCUGCACGGUCCGCCAUUCAGGCUGCUGGACAAGCUCAACAAAGUAAUGGAGCGAGUCCCGCAUCUGCCAUCGAUCUCGAGAAACGGCUCAUCCCGCUCUGGCACCUCCUUGCCUUGUGCUCCACGGCUGAAGACGAAUACGAGACUGCGGGACACAUUUGUGAAGCUGCCUACAGACAAUUCGGAGGCUCCAAGGUCCUGUUCGGUGAUUCAACAACUUCAAAUUCGAGCGAUCCGGAGAACUCUGUCGCAGCUCUGCGCGGCAUCGUCGAUCAAAUGGAAGGCUUCGAGAAGGAGAGUCUGAUUCAGAUCAAGAUGACACAGAUUCUACUUUUUGAGCUGACAGAAGGCUCUGAAGAAGCGAUCGACUUGACUGCUGAGCUGCUCAGCCUUUACUCGAGGUUGUUCGGCAAGCCGGAGGAGGUCGUGGCGGAAAUUAUUGCCAAGCCGCCGCAAACUGCAGCUUCACACGCUCCUUCAAGACUUGGGGGUACUCUAAAAAGCAUUACUGGCAGCAUCAGGCCACGCUCCUCCAGAUCAGCCCGUAGCAGUGGCGAGAAGGACGCUACAAGACAAAGAUCUCUCGUUUCGGUGGACGACAGCUUGGCCCCGCCAUCAACUCAGAACGUGGCUACGUCGACAAAUGGACAGAUUGCAGGCCCGCCUAUUGCCAUCACUGUCACCAACGAGGAUGGCGUUUCAUCGGAGAAGCCACAUCACCGCCACCACUUACCGCAUCUACCAUUCCAAGGACGAGGUCGUUCACGUAGCACAGAGAGGCGGAUUUCGGAAGGUGACGAGAAGGCGGCGUCGGAAGAGAAGGCGAUUCCAACGCCUCAAAAUGCAGCGGUCAGUGAAGAAAAGCGUCCAGACCAGCCUCUAGGUGACAUGGCGCAUAAUGCUCCUCACGAUCAAUGGCCUCCGCCUCCUGGUCACGAUGACCAACCACCACAGCAGGACAUGCGAUUACCGGCACCCCAUCCUGCUAACGCCAACACAAUCCCGGAACCGCAGCUCCUACCCAUUCACGAAAGGCGACAUAGAGUCAGUGUCCUGGUCAAAGCGUGGCUCUUUAGCGCAGAGCUGUACAUCAGAGCCGAGACCCUUGAUGAUGCUGAGAGCUUGGUCCACGACGCUUUGAAACUUACAGAGUCUCUCGAGCUCGAACUGGCGCAGUCAGAAGAUGGGUCCAACGCUCGUCGACUCUUCGCCAAGGGAUGGGGCAGUGGGAAAAGUAUUGACGAACUGUUGGCGGACGUGUGGUCGACUAAAGCGCUGUUGUUGUUGGGCCGAGAGCGGAAGCAUGAGGCCAUGGCUGCAUACGAGCAGGCAAUAUCGUAUCAUCCGGACCAUCCAGCCGGAAUCAUCGGGCUCUCCAACCUGCUAAUGCACAUCUACGAAGAGAAGCUAUCCGCCGAGCAACCUCAAAUCCCAGUCCAGCCACUACCCUCAGCCUCCGGCUCGCUCUCGCUCAUCAACGAAGCCCGCCCAACUCUAACCCGACCAGGCUCCGCCGCGACCUUGACAACGCUGCCCUCUCGGCGCCCCUCCGUCGUCGUAGAACCCGAACCGCUGGAACUCAAAGAACGAAAGAUCGACCCCUCACCGGCAGAACUUAACCGUCUGGCCGCCCGCGACAGAGCGUACAUGCUCCUCUCCAACCUGACGAAACAUGCCGGUUGGGACAACUCAGAAGCCUGGUUGAGUCUCGCUCGCGCGCACGAGCUGAGCAAGGAAAUCGACAAGGCGAAGCAGGCGCUGUGGUGGGUCGUUGAGUUGGAGGAGACGCAGCCCAUUAGGCCGUGGAGAGAGGUCACGCCUGGUGGGUAUACUGUUUAA